GGAGUGUCCCGAUCUAUAGCCAAGAUGUGGCCGUCCGUGUCCAUCCUGUGUGUCCUGGUGGCCUUCGCCAAUGCUCGCAGCAUUCCUCACUACCCGCCUCUCUCCAGCGACUUGGUCAACCACAUAAACAAGCUCAACACCACCUGGAAGGCAGGGCACAACUUCCACAACACUGACAUGAGCUAUGUGAAGAAGCUCUGCGGCACCUUCCUGGGCGGGCCCAAGCUCCCCGAGAGGGUGGAUUUCGCUGCAGACAUGGAGCUGCCCGAUACCUUUGACUCACGGACACAGUGGCCUAACUGCCCUACCAUCAGCGAGAUAAGAGACCAGGGAUCUUGUGGCUCUUGCUGGGCUUUUGGCGCUGUAGAAGCGAUUUCAGACAGGAUCUGUGUUCACACGAACGCCAAGGUGAGCGUGGAGGUCUCAGCGGAGGACUUGCUGUCGUGCUGCGGCUUCGAGUGUGGCAUGGGGUGCAACGGUGGUUACCCCUCUGGAGCAUGGAGGUACUGGACAGAGAGGGGCCUCGUGUCUGGGGGUCUCUACGAUUCCCAUGUGGGCUGCCGUCCCUACUCCAUCCCGCCCUGUGAGCACCACGUCAACGGCUCCCGGCCACCCUGCACUGGGGAGGGAGGAGAUACCCCGAGGUGCAGCCGGCACUGCGAGCCCGGCUACUCGCCCUCGUACAAGGAGGACAAGCACUACGGCAUCACCUCCUAUGGUGUCCCUCACAGUGAGAAGGAAAUCAUGGCUGAGAUCUACAAGAAUGGCCCAGUGGAAGGAGCUUUUAUUGUCUAUGAGGACUUCCUGAUGUACAAGUCUGGGGUCUACCAGCACGUGUCCGGCGAGCAGGUUGGAGGCCACGCCAUCCGGCUCCUGGGCUGGGGCGUGGAUAACGGCACUCCCUACUGGCUGGCUGCCAACUCCUGGAACACCGACUGGGGGGACAACGGCUUCUUCAAGAUCCUCCGAGGAGAGGACCACUGUGGCAUCGAGUCAGAGAUUGUGGCCGGUAUCCCCAGGACGGAGCAGUACUGGAAGAGGAUGUAACCUUGAUCAAACCACAAAUAACCCUGAGUCCCCGAUGCUUUUAACUGAUAGUGGGUUGGGUGCAGAGCCCCCCUUUCUAAAAGACUAUAGUUGAGGUUACUUUAUUAAAGCUUUUUAUCUUUU